AUGUCUGAGUCGAAGGACCAAAUCACCGUCCAGGCAUCUGGUGUCGAACAUGGCAGCUCUACCAAUUCACUGGCUAAGGAUGCUCAAACGGGUGCACAAAGUUCGAGUUCCCAGGUGGAAGCCUCCGAGUGCCCUGUGCAACCUGCGGAUCUGGUCGAUCAGAAGAAAGGAGCUUUUGGCUACUUUAAGACUAAAGAAUUCUAUAUUACCGUGCUUCUAGGUCAAAUUCUCGCUAUUGCCAAUACCUCGACGGGUACCUUCACAACGCUACUCGGCGAGGAACAAUGGGCAAUCCCUGCGUUCCAGACCUUCAUAAACUAUGUGCUACUCAACGUUAUCUUUACUCCUUAUACGAUGUACCGUUACGGCUUCAAGGGCUGGCUCCGACUGGUAUACCGUGACGGCUGGAAAUACAUCAUCCUUGCUUUCUGUGACGUGGAAGGCAACUACUUCAUUGUGCUGGCAUACCAAUACACAACCAUGCUAAGCGCGCAACUGAUCAACUUCUGGGCCAUCGUCGUGGUCGUCGUCAUCUCAUUCCUGUUUCUGGGUGUGCGCUACCACAUCGCUCAAAUAAUUGGUAUCUUGCUUUGUAUCGGCGGAAUGGGCGUCCUCAUCGGCUCAGACCACAUCACCGGCACGAACGGCGGAGACAUAUCCCAAGGCAACCAGCUGAAAGGCGACAUGUUCGCGCUGCUAGCCGCGUCCUUCUAUGGCCUCACCAACACGGGCGAAGAGUACUUCGUCAGCACUCGGCCAGUGUACGAGGUGCUCGGGCAGAUGUCAUUCUUCGGAAUGAUUAUCAACGGCGCGCAGGCCGGCAUCUUCGACCGGACCUCCUUCCACAAUGCGCACUGGAACGGAAAGGUCGGUGGAUAUCUCACCGGGUACACGCUGUGUCUGAGUAUGUUCUACUGUCUCGCUCCGCUGUUGUUCCGUCUCUCGUCGGCGGCUUUCUUCAACGUCUCCAUGCUCACCAUGAACUUCUGGGGUGUGAUCAUUGGCGUCAAGGUCUUCCAUUAUCAUAUCCACUGGAUGUACCCGAUUGCCUUUGUGCUGAUUAUCAUCGGCCAGCUGAUCUAUUUCCUGGCCCAGAAGGUCUUGAGUGAAGCCCGCAAGCCCUGGCUUGGAGCUAACCAGGAGCGUGGUGUUGUCGGUCUCUUCACUGCCAAGAGGAAGAUCGUGCAUGUCAUCCCUACCGCUGCCGAAUUUCAGGAUCAAACUCAAACCCCCGACGACACCUCAAAACACACUCCCACGGUGAAUACCAGCGCUAUUUGA